CGAAACAACGACGACGACGGCCUCUAUAUAAGUCCAACCUCUGGCUGCGGGACCUCAGCAACUCGCUGAACCUCUCCUGAGACUUGUCCUUCCAGAUCAGAAUCUCCUGGAUCCAGGACAGCAGCAGAAUGUUCCGGAUUUUAGCAGCCCUCUGCGUCCUGGCUACGUGCUGGGCACAGGAUUGCACGCUGCAGAACAUCUCAGUGAUGAAGAAUUUUGACCGAACAAGGUAUACAGGAACAUGGUACGCUGUGGCCAAAAAGGAUCCCAUUGGACUGUUUCUGCUGGAUAACAUUGUAGCUCAUUUCACUCUGGAAAAUGAUGGGAAAAUGACAGCCACUGCCAAAGGGAGGGUUAUCAUCCUGAAUAACUGGGAGCUCUGUGCAAACAUGUUUGCCACAUUUGAAGACAGCGAUAAUCCUGCAAAGUUCAAGAUGAGAUACUGGGGAGCAGCUUCAUAUCUUCAGACUGGAUAUGAUGACCACUGGGUCAUUGACACUGACUACGACAACUAUGCCAUCCACUACUCCUGCCGCCAGGUGGACUAUGAUGGCACCUGCCUGGACAGCUACUCCUUCAUCUUCUCCCGUCACCCCACCGGCCUGAGACCUGAGGACCAGAAGAUCGUCACCCAGAAGAAACAGGAACUUUGCUUGCUCGGGAAGUACAGGCGUGUUUCUCACAAUGGGUUCUGUGAAAGCAGCUGAUUCAGCACUACCUAGAAAAUACUGUGAUACUGUCAAGCUACAAAUAAAACUCCAAACGUUUGUUGAAA